AAAUACUACCGCGAAACCCAAAAUGGCGUUUACGUCCUCAGUAAAUCCUCGUCUGCCCUGAGCGUUUGACAACGUUUGUUGGUAAAACCUGCGAGUUUUGGAGAAUCAGCAGCCUUUUCCAUUAGUCCCUCUGUCAUAUAACCAGCUUUCGGAUUUCGACCCCUGAACGAUUUGAUAUUCUACCAGUGGCGUUAACGCUAAGUUGGCUAAACUCUAAAAUUGUCGGUUGACAUUCGCAAGCUAGCUACAACAACGUAGGUUGAAGUUAGCAUUUAUGAAGCCUGUACGAGGCUCCGUUCGGGCCUCCAAAAAAGGACCCAACUCUAAAGGCAAGAAGAGAUCUGGCGACGGAACGCGUGAACAAGCGCACUUGGGGCCAAGGCCCAAUAACGUUGACCUUAUACCAACACCUCCAAAGAAGAGGAACAAUGUAAAAGGAGGACCCUCAGUUCCAAGCAAAAUCAGAAGUCAGGAAAACUGGAAGCCCAUGACCACAUCUUCCAUCUCAGCGCUGCAAGAGAUACUGGAACUAUCAAUACUACCAGCUGUUGUGAUGAAUGAAAAAAAGACGGCGGAAACCCAGAAACAUCUAAAUGAGAUAAAAAAGAGUUUCCUUGCUCAAUGUACACACCUCAGAGUUCCAGUCCAAAGGCAAGGACACUUGAAAACAUUAUCUUGCCAGCUUCAGGAAGAAUCCAAGAAGUCAUUUAUUGCAAAAAAGACUCUUCAGUCAAUGGAGAGAGACUUGAUGAAUGUGGUCAGUAAUCUGAAGCUGAUAGAAGAGAAGGCUGCUUCUCUGGAAGACAGAUGUGGUAAACUCAGAGGACAACUAGAGGAGGAGGAAGAGAAGGCGCAGGAGGUACAUCCAACCACAAAUGUCAUAACAGAGCAUAAAUAGGACACAAAUUUUGUUGUGUAGAACGUCAAAAUCAUGCAGCUUAGAUAUGUUUCAUUAAGAAGUGGCUGUACUGAGUAGAGU